UGCGGAAGGAUUUUGGAACUGUCGAGGGAUCCCGGCGCGACGAAUUGAUGUGAGGGGCAGUAGGGACUCCCGAGUCGAGCAGCUCCCCCGCCCGCGUGCGCGUGCGCGUGCACGAUCCCCCUCCGCAGGCACCCACCCCCUUCCCGCUGGAUCGGGGCGGGGUGUAGGCUGAGGUGGGCCGUGGGUUGCGGACCUGAGUAAGAGCCGCCUGGGGCAGUUCCUUUGGGAGAGGUUGGAAGUUGGAAGGGGGAAUAGGUGGUCACCUUCACCAUGCUCAAGGCAGUCAUCCUGAUUGGAGGUCCCCAGAAGGGGACGAGAUUCCGACCUUUGUCUUUUGAAGUGCCCAAACCACUCUUUCCCGUGGCGGGAGUCCCCAUGAUCCAGCAUCACAUAGAGGCCUGUGCCCAGGUUCAUGGAAUGCAGGAGAUUCUCCUUAUUGGUUUCUACCAACCAGAUGAAGCACUGACUCGAUUCUUGGAGGCUGCUCAACAGGAGUUCCACCUUCCUAUCAGGUACCUGCAAGAAUUUGCCCCGCUGGGGACAGGAGGUGGUCUGUAUCAUUUCCGAGACCAGAUCCUGGCAGGGAGUCCUGAGGCCUUCUUCGUGCUUAAUGCCGAUGUCUGCUCAGACUUCCCAUUGGGUGCCAUGCUGGAAGCCCACAGACGCCAGCCCCAUCCUUUCUUGCUCCUUGGCACCACGGCAAACCGGACUCAGUCCCUCAACUAUGGCUGUAUCGUGGAGAAUCCUGAAACCCAUGAGGUUUUGCACUACGUGGAGAAACCAAGCACCUUUGUGAGCGACAUCAUCAACUGUGGCAUCUACCUCUUCUCCCCGGAAGCCUUGAAGCCCCUUCGUGAUGUCUUCCAGCGAAACCAGCAGGACCGGCAACUCUGUCUUGAUCUGGGGGACGGCUCUUCAGGCAGUUGGCCUGGGGCAGGGACCAUCCGGCUGGAGCAGGAUGUAUUCACGGCACUCUCCGGACAGGGCCAGAUCUACGUCCACCUCACCGACGGGAUCUGGAGUCAAAUCAAGUCUGCAGGUUCUGCCCUUUAUGCCUCUCGCCUCUACCUGAACCGAUACCAAGUCACUCACCCCGAGCGGCUGGCCCAGCUCAGCCCUGGAGGCCCCUGCAUCCGAGGAAAUGUUUUUAUCCACCCAACGGCUAAGGUGGCCUCAUCUGCAGUGCUUGGUCCUAAUGUCUCCAUCGGGGAAGGUGUGACUGUAGGCGAGGGCGUCCGACUCCGAGAGUCCAUUGUCCUCCACGGUGCUACUCUGCAGGAGCACACGUGUGUGCUGCACAGUAUCGUGGGCUGGGGGAGCACAGUAGGACGGUGGGCCCGAGUGGAAGGGACUCCCAACGACCCCAACCCCAACGAUCCUCGGGCCCGAAUGGACAGUGAGAGCCUUUUCCGGGAUGGCAAGUUGCUGCCUGCUAUCACCAUCCUGGGUUGCCGGGUUAGGAUUCCUGCCGAGGUGCUGAUCCUGAAUUCCAUUGUGUUGCCACACAAGGAGCUGAGCCGGAGUUUCACCAACCAGAUCAUCCUCUGAAAGGGGAUGCCCCCUGCCCCUCUCCAGUGAGCCUCUUCGCCUCGCUGCUCAGGAGAGGCAGGGAUGGAGUCAGUUGAGCUGAACCUUCAACUGACUGGUACUCUGGGGCCGAGGGAGAUAUGUGGGUGGGCUGGGCACUCCCUUUCCACCUCCCAAUAAACCCCGAUGAACCU